UUAUAAGAAGCUAUAAAUAACCCUCUUUCGUUUUUCUAAUUUUCUUUCUUUCCUUCUUAACUGUCAUUAUUUUUGUUUUUAUUUUCAAACACAUAUAUAUUUGAACUUUAAUCAAUUCCCUUUUUCUUUUUUUUUCAGAUGUGUGCUACAUUUCGUUCAUUUUAAUUUUAUUGACUAUUUUUAUUCUGUUCACAGAAAAAUGACUGGAGAACUACAGAAAUGGCUGUGCAUUUUGGUUUGUGUGCUGAUAUUAUUGAAAAACACUGAAAGCUACUCUGUUAACAUUACAUAUGUUGAAAGUGCUGUGGAUAAAGGAGGAGUUUGUUUGGAUGGAAGCCCACCUGCAUACCAUAUUGAUAAAGGAAGUGGAGAAGGAAUUAACAAUUGGAUAGUUCAUAUUGAGGGAGGAACAUGGUGCAAUAACGUAACGACUUGUCUCGCUCGGAAAAAAACCCGACUAGGCUCCUCCAAUCUAAUGGAGAAACAGGUCGUUUUUUCCGGGAUCUUAAGCAACAAGAAGAAGUUUAACCCUGAUUUUUACAACUGGAAUCGAGUCAAGGUUCGAUAUUGCGAUGGCUCGUCGUUCACCGGCGACAUAGAAGACGUUGACCCUGAAACGGGACUUUACUACCGUGGGGCGAGGGUCUUUACUGCAAUAAUGGAUGACCUAUUAACUGUGCAAGGAAUGUCGAAAGCUCAAAAUGCAGUUCUAUCCGGAUGCUCGUCUGGCGGGUUAACAUCGAUUCUUCAUUGUGAUAACUUCUCGGCUCUUUUUCCUCCCAACACGAAAGUCAAAUGCUUUGCGGAUGCCGGUUUCUUUCUUGACGCGGACGAUAUCUCUGGUGCUUCGCCUAUUGAUGAUUACUUCGACGACGUUGUCACGACGCAUGGGUCGAAUUUACCACUACCGUGCCCACAUAUGUUGAAUCCGAGCAAGUGUUUUUUCGCACAAUAUGUGGUGGAAGACAUUGGGACACCACUUUUCAUUGUAAAUGCUGCUUAUGAUUCAUGGCAGAUUAAGAACAUCCUGGCACCUGCAGGUGCUGAUCCACUUGGCAUAUGGAAAAAGUGCAAGGCUGCAAUAGAGAAAUGUUCGCCGGAUCAAAUCGAAAUAUUGCAAAGCUACAGAGAACAGUUCAUAAGCGCGUUAAUGGAAAAUGUGAUUUGGUCAGAGUCGGCAGGAUACUUCAUCAACUCUUGCUACGCGCACUGCCAAACCGAAACACAAGAAACAUGGCUUAGUCAAGGCUCUCCCAAGUUGAACAAAACGAGGAUAGCUAAAGCAGUGGGAGAUUGGUAUUAUGACCGGAGUCCGUUUAAGAGUAUCGAUUGCUUGUAUCCUUGCGACAAAACGUGCUACAAUCAGACUUUUGAGCCUUCAGAAAUGUAGGAAAUAUAAUAAGUGUUCAAAUGUGUACUAUAAAGAGUAUGAAAAAGAAUAAUGAAAUUAGGUUCAGUAAGUCUCCACAUGAAUAAAUGGAUUUUCUAUAAUGUUGUCUGUUUUGUUUUCCCUGUUUCAGUGUGCAUUUCAUUUCUGAAUGAUGAAUUUCAUGUCUAAUUCUCUUU